GAUAUCUUUAUUAAUUUGAAUUAAAAACUCACAAAAUGUGCUAAAUUCAAAUUACCUGUGUGUUGCUAAUAAUCCGCAUGUUUUGAUUUGGUAAGUGCAGCCCAGUGUGGCUUUUCUUUUCUGGCCAGAUAUGAAUGUACUUGGCUUGAGGUGGCUUUCAUAAAUUGGACUUGGACUCGUUCAAGUCCAGUCCUCUAUCUCCCACUUUCGUGUAUUGAAAUGACUAGGAUUUAAACUAGUAAUCUAUAUAUGCAUUAACUGCCUGGCUUUUUAAUUCCUGAAUAUAUUCCACGCUAAAAAUCCUCGACAUACCAUUACAGCUUUGAGAUAUGGGUUUGAACAGUGCAGCGCAUUUGAAACUGGUAUUGCUGGUCUGCACGGUGGCUGCAGCUGCGGCCGAGGAUUGCAACCGCCGGUGCGGGAACGUGAGCAUCCCGUAUCCCUUUGGCAUAAGCGAUGACUGCUACAUAGACGAAAGGUUCAUCAUCAACUGCACAACCACCACGUCCUCAUCCGGACAACCCAUAGCGCAUCUGAGGGGUGGCGUCAUACCAGUUCUCAACAUCUCCGUCGACCCUCCUGAAUUGAUCGUCUCGGCGAACGUUACCAACCAGUGCUACGAUUCUGAUUUUACAUGGAACUCCAAUUGGAUAAGCUUCGAAAAGUUCUCUAUAUCAAACCCCAAGAACAGGUUCACUGUGGUGGGCUGUGACACUGACGCAUACAUCAGAGACUUGACGGGAAGCAGGUUCCAAACUGGCUGCACGUUGAGUUGCAACAAGAAAAGCUUCGAGGACUGGUCGUGCUCUGGCGUGGGAUGCUGCCAGACCGGUUUCCCCAAAGCCAUAAGGAACUAUACCAUCAACAUUACUAGUUUUGGCGGCUACAAGGACGUCAAGGACUUUAACCCUUGCGGAUAUGCAUUUCUUUCUCAGAACGGAUCCUUCAACUUUUCCCCUCAAGCCCUCCUUAAUCUGAGCGGCGCAACACAGUUUCCCGUCGUUCUGGAUUGGGCUGUCGGCGAUCAGACAUGCAAUGAAGCCAAGAAAAAUACAAGCAGCUAUGCCUGCAAGCAGAACAGCAGAUGCCAAGACUCAGUAAGUGGUAUUGGGUACCAAUGCUCGUGUGAGCUUGGGUUCCAAGGCAACCCCUACCUCUCUGACCCCGAGACAGGCUGUAAAGAUGUUAAUGAGUACGAGGGAGAUAAUGGGUGCAGCAGGAGAUGCCACAAUGUGGGAGGCAAUUAUACGUGUUCCUGUCCGCUGGGAUACAGAGGCGAUGGCUAUAAAGACUGAUCAGGCUGCAAAUUCCCUGUCAUGCAAAUUUCAUUGGGCGUUUCUAUAGGUUUGCUUGUUGUCUUCACAUUGGUGUCUACAUUGUGUUGGGGACACAAGCAAAGAGCAUUGAAACAACUUAGGAGAAGAUAUUUUGAGCAAAAUGGAGGAAAUAUGCUGCAUCAACUUUAUCAAACAACAAGGAUACAUUAAUAGAACUAAGAUAUUUACUGAAGAGGAGCUCAAAAAUGCCACAAACAACUUCAAUGAAACUAGAAUCCUUGGUCAUGGAGGAUAAGGCACAGUUUACAAAGGCAUAUUAUCAGAUAACACACUAGUUGCCGUUAGAAAGUCUAGAGUUGGGGGUGAUCCUAGACAAAUUAAGGAUUUUAUUAAUGAAGUGGCUGUACUUUUCUAAAUUAACCAUAGGAAUGUGGUUAAACUUUUGGGAUGUUGUCAUGAAACUGAAGUUCCUUUGUUAGUUUAUGAGUUUGUGGACAAUGGCACCCUUCUUGACCAUAUAAACCCACAAAAGAACGAGCACUUACUUCCAUAGGAGACUCAAUUAAGGAUUGCAUCAGAAACAGCUGAAGCUAUUUUAUAUUUACACUCUGCUACUUCUAUUCCAAUCAUUCAUCGGGACAUUAAAUCUACCAACAUACUAUUAGAUCACAGUCACAAAGUAGAAGUUUCGGAUUUUGGAGCUUCAAGGCUUGUUCCUCUUGAUGAAACUCAAGUUAUUACUGUAGUUCAAGGAACUUUAGGAUAUUUGGAUCCAGAGUACCUUCUUAAAGGGCAAUUAAAUGAAAAAAGUGAUGUUUAUAGCUUUGGGAUUGUACUUGUGGAGCUAAUCACCGGAAAUAAAGCAGUUGAAUUCAAUAGGCAAGAAGAACAAAGAAAUUUGGCUAUGUACUUUGCAACUUCAAUGAAAGAAGACAACUUAUGGGAGAUUCUUGACAAGCGAGUGUUGGAAUAAAAGAAUGCAGAAUAACUAAAGGAAGUUGCUUUCUUAGCGAGGAGGUGUAUUAGAGUUAAUGUAGAGGAAAGGCCAACUAUGAAAGAAUUAGCAAUGGAAUUAGAGGGUUUGAUUUCUCACGGAAAGCAUCCUUGGGUGAAGAGAGAGGAUAUGAUGUCUGAAGAUUGCGAGCGCUUGCUUGAUAAUGUAGUUGAUGAAUAUGGGAUUGCUAGCGCUAGCACUUCAAUUGGCUAUGAUAGCAUACAAAAACAAAUAGCAUUUGAGAUUGCAUAUGUGCGAUGAUUAUUUAAUGUUAAUAUUUUUUUGUGUUUGCUAGUUAAAAAAUAUAAGAUUGAAAAUGGUAGAGUUGUUGUUGGUAAUGUUACUAAAGCAUUAGAAGAUCAAUGAGUCUUUUAAAAGUAGGCCCUCUUAACUUUUAAUUUUGUUUUCUCUUGAUCCUUUUACAUUUAAUUUUUUUUAUCUUGCUCUUUUUACAUUUAUUAGUAUCUACUUCAAGUGUAUAUAUCAUGUCUAUAUUGAGCCUUGCAUUGGGUGAAUUUUCUUUUUUUCUUUUUUUUGGGUAUGAAGAGGGUGAAAGUUGAUAUGAUGGUAAAAGCUAUAGUGAAAUUGAGGUUUCAUUUGAUUAUUAAAAAAAAUAAAAUGAAAUAAAUUAAAAAAAGAUAAAAAUAAAUUAAAUCAUCCUUUCUCUUAUGGUGAACAUGAUGAAACUCAUUAAUAUAUGAGUUUGUGGACAAUGGUACCCUUAUUGAAGAACAAAAAUCCGACAACUUGGACUCGUUCAAGUUCUCCCCAUCUCUCACUUGAUGAGAAAAAUUAAGAGACGCUCUCUACAACUACAAGUGGGAAUACGGGCGAGCCCGACACUUAAGAGCCUAGCUCUUAUGGGCUCAGCCCUUAAGGGCCUAGGCCCUUGAGCUCGGUUAUUUAUUUUUAGUUCCUUUUUUAAUCUCGGCCCUUAUGUAAAGGGCUCAAGGUUGGGCCUGAAAGCCCUGUUAAAAAAAAUAAAAUAAAAUAAAAUAAAAUUAAAUAUUAUAAAUUAAUUAAAAUAUUUUGAAAUUUAAAAAAUUAAAAUUCACACAAUAUUUUAAAAAUUAAACAAUAUAUUUAGAAAUCUAAACAAUACACAUUCAUCAAUCAAAACCCAAAUCCUCUUCAUCCUCAUCAUCUAUAAAUAAAACAUUAGAUCUCUCGAAUAUAAAUGUACUUAUUGAAGAAUGGAGGUGGAGGUAGAAAUUCAAUGUUAAUUACCUUUACAACUUCUUCUUCAUCAUUUACAAUAAAUAUUAAUCAAAUUAUGUCAUUAUCAAUCAAAUAUAUGUAUGUAUGUAUGUAUAUAUAUAAUAAUCGGCUUAUCAGGGUUUGGAGGGCCUCCCGGGCCCGAGCCCUUUUUCACAAGGCUUAUCAGGGUCAGGGUCAAGCCCUCAAGCUUGGUUCCUUUGAAAAAAAAAUAACUUUCAAAACCCAAACCUUUAUUUAAAUAGGGCCUACAAACCUGAGCUGGCCUUUAUUCUCAGCUCUACUCGCAUAUAUUGGCUACCUAGCUCUGAGUUCCUGAAUAUUUUCCACACCAAAAAUCCUGAUGAUGGGUUUGAAUAAUGCAACGCUCUUGAAACUGGUAUUGCUGAUCUGCACUGUGGCGGCGGCGGCGGCGGCACAAACGAAACCGGGAUGCGUCACCACGUGUGGGAACGUGAUCAUUCCCUAUCCCUUUGGCACGAGCGAGAACUGCUACAUAGAUGAAUGGUUCAUUCUCAACUGCACAACCAUGACGUCCCCAUCUGGACAAGCCACAACACAACUGAUUUACGGCUCUAACAUGCCAGUUCUGAAUAUUUCCCUGGAUCCUCCUGAAUUCACCGUCUUGUUAGACGUUACCAAUCACUGCUUUGAUUCCAGCUUUACAGUCUACUCCAGUUGGAUGUGGUUCGAGAAGUUUUCUAAACACCAAGAACAGAUUCACGGUGGUGGGCCGUGACACCGCCGCUUCCAUCAGCGACUUGACCGGAAGCGGAUUUCAUACUGGCUGCAUGUUGAGUUGCAGUAACAACAACUUCGAGUUUGAAGAUGGAUCGUGUUCAGGUGUGGGAUGCUGCCAGACCGGUUUCCCCAGAGCUAUCAGGAAUUAUACCAUCAAUCUGACUAGUUUUGAUAACUACAAGAACGUGAGGGACUUCAACCGUUGCGGCUACGCUAUCCUUUCCCAGGACGGAUCCUUCAACUUCUCCUCUCGAGACCUCCUCGAUCUGAGCGGCAGAACACAGUUUCCAGUGGUUGUGGAUUGGGCUGUGGGGGAUCGGACAUGCGACGAAGCCCAGAAAAAUACGAGAGCUAUGCCUGUAAGCACAACAGCAGAUGCCAAGGCUCGAUAUUAAUGAGUGCGAAGGACAGAAUCGGUGCAGUAGGAGAUGCCAGAAUGUGGAAGGCAAUUAUACGUGUUCUUGUCCGCCAGGAUUUAGGGGCGACGGCUACAAAAACGGAUCAGGCUGCAAAUCCCUUGUCAUGCAAAUUUCAGUAGGUUUGCUUGUUGUCUUCACGUUGGUCUCUACAUUGUGUUGCGGACACACGCAAAGAGCACUGAAACAACUUAGGAGAAGAUAUUUCGAGCAAAAUGGAGGAAAUGUGCUGCAGCAACUUCAUCAACAACAAGGGCACAUUGAUAGAACCAAUAUAUUUACUGAAGAGGAGCUCAAAAAUGCCAAAAACAACUUUGGUAAAACUAGAAUCCUUGGUUGUGGUCUCGUGGAGGACAAGGCACCGUUUACAAAAGUAUAUUACCAAAUAACACACUUGUUGCCAUUAAAAAGUCUAGAGUAGGAGGGGAUCCUGAACAAAUCAAGGAUUUUAUUAAUGAAGUGGCUAUACUUUUCCAAAUCA